GGUGGACGCUGCCCAGAUGAGUAGCGGUGGUAAAAACCCAUCUUAACUGACUCACUGGGGUUUGAGCUGAGGUUUGGAUCCUCCCUGACUGUUGGAGCGUGAGCAGAGUUUGGAGCAAGAGCUUCACUUUCUUCCCCAGUGCAGAGAGACUGCACGCCAGGCACGAGGCUCUCUACUCCUCCCCUCUCCCACACUGCCUUUUCCUGGGCUCCCGUCCAGAGAAUGACUGGCUCCAGUGGACCCAAGAGGAGGAAUCCAGCCUGAAGAUACUGUGCAGCAGUUCCUGCUCUGCCUGCCUGCCUACUGGGACAGACAAACACGUUGAGCUUUUAUAAAUCAGCUGCUUCAACACCUUUGUUGGAUUCAUAGAUUUUAUUUAAUUUUUUAAUUUUUUUUUGUAAUUCUUUCAUCACAUCUGAAAUAGUCUAUCUGAGCUGGGCAUACAGACAGACAAACAAACAGACGGACUGACAUAUGGACAGAGAGCAGUGAGCACUGCGGCGUAAAUGUAGCAACUGGACUUCUCUUCUCCCUGGUUACUAAAACCAAACAAGGAUAAUAGCCAGAGCACUAUCGUGUCCACCGAGGUAGUGGGUGGAUGCAGCUUUCAGCAGACUGCUAUAGGGGAAACCAGAGACUGUAUAGAGAUACCUUCAGCUAAUUCACAUGGUGAUCAUCAAGAAAUGGACUGUUACCUGGCAGAUCCUUGUUGGAAUUCUAUACCAGAGACUAUUUUCCUAUUAAACAUCUUUAACAGAACAAAGAACUGUUGACUGUCUUUUCUUAGACUUUGCUGCUCAUGCUGAGUGGACUUGAACGCUUUUUGUGUAUAUGAACGUGGACUGUGUGUUUUGAUGAGGAUGGCAGAGUGUAUAAGGACUAUGCUUCUGACAGUGAUGCUGUAUUUGUCUCUGUGGGGUUCAGCUUGCACAGCCCACAGCAUCUAUCCAAGGAUACGGCUCUCCCACAAAGAACUUUGGCAGCUGAACAGGACGUGGGUUUUCCAGGGACAUGGAGCGUCUCUUCAGCCUCAGACCAUGCUGCUGGAUGAGGGGCAUGAAAGACUUUACGUGGGGGCCAAAAACGCCCUGUUCUCUCUCAGCCUUGACCGUGUUAACACACACCACAGAGAGAUUCAAUGGGCCAGCACAGAAUCUCAGAUUGAGGAAUGUUUGAUGAAGGGAAGGGAAAAGCCCGAGUGUGCAAACUACAUCAAGGUCUUGCAGCAGUAUAACCAGACACAUUUACUGGUCUGUGGAACAGGAGCUUUUAACCCUAUCUGUAGUCUGGUCAGAGUCGGACACACAGGGCAGGACAGGCAGUUUGUUCUCGAAGAGGAGAGUAUUACAAGUGGAAGAGGGCGCUGUCCGUAUGACCCCAACAGUCCCUGCACAUCUACACUGUCUAGAGGUGAACUGUAUAUUGGCCUGUACACUGACUACUGGGAGAAUGAUGGUGCUUUUUGCCGGCUUAACAACCAGACCUACACACGAACUGAAAGAGACGACAGGCAGCAGCUAAAUGAACCUAAAUUUGUUGGAUCAGCAGUUAUUCCUGACAACGAUGACAAGGACGAUGAUAAAGUUUACUUCUUCUUUACUGAGCGAGAGAUGGAUGCUGAGGGAAUGAAAAAGGCAGUCUAUACCCGUGUUGGAAGAGUCUGUGCGAACGACCAAGGAGGACAGAGGAUGCUGGUGAACAGAUGGAGCUCCUUUUUGAAAACUCGCCUUAUCUGCUCCGUGGCUGGAGCCAAUGGCAUCGAUACACACUUCGACGAACUCGAGGAUGUGUUUGUUCUCAAGAACAAGGAUGGGAAAAACCCUGAAAUCUUCGGUCUCUUCAGUACAACAAGUGCGGUGUUUAAGGGCUAUGCUGUGUGUGUCUAUCACAUGGAAGACAUCAGAGCAGCAUUUAAUGGUCCAUUUGCAUACAGAGAGAGACCUGAGCAUCACUGGACACCGUAUGAGGACAGAAUCCCCUACCCCAGACCUGGAUCUUGUGCCAGUAAAGUGAAUGGUGGGGGCUUCUCCAGCUCAAAGGAGUUUCCUGAUGAGGUUCUGCGCUUUGUGCGUUCUCAUCCUGUGAUGUAUCGUCCAGUCCUUCCCCAGCAUCGUAGACCUGUUUUACUGCAGACAGAGCCAGGCAGGAGAAGACUCACCCAGAUCGCAGUGGACAGAGUUCAAGCUCAAGAUGGACACUACCAUGUUCUUUACAUCGGCACUGAUGACUCAGUGGUCUUGAAAUUUAUCACCAUCUACAACAAAGACACAGACACUAUGGAGGAGGUGCUGCUGGAAGAGCUGCAAGUUUUCAAGGUUCCAGCCCCAAUAAGAGAGAUCAUAAUUUCACCUAAAAGGCAACAGCUCUAUGUAGGAUCAGAUGCAGGUGUGGCCCAGGUUCGGCUGCAUCAGUGUGACCUGUACGGCUCAGAAUGUGCAGACUGUUGUUUAGCCAGAGAUCCAUACUGUGCCUGGGAUGGCCUCACCUGCUCCAGAUACUACCCUGCUGGAAUCUACACAAAGAGCAGACGAUUCAGGCGGCAGGAUGUUCGCCAUGGCAACGCCGUCCAGCUGUGCAAUGGGCUGCAAAUUGAUGCUGAACAGUGGCUCCGAGCUGAGGAGAGGCUGGUAUAUGGAGUGGAGAACAACAGUACGUUACUGGAAUGUGUCCCUCGAUCACUUCAGGCCAAAGUCCUCUGGUUCCUACAAAAAGAGGGAGAGAAACAUGAGGUUCGAGGUGAUGAGAGGGUUAUUAUGACAUCUCAUGGUCUGCUCUUUUUACGUGUGAGAAGCUCUGAUGCCGGUGUGUAUGUGUGCCAGACAGUGGAACACGGAUAUGUACACACAUUACUGCGUCUGACUUUGCACGUGCUUCGAGGGGAGAAGGUGGAGUCAAUGCUGCACAAGGCUGAUGAUGGAGAAGGAGGGAAAACAGCAGCUCAGUGCCACUCCUCCACAAGCGCUGCACCAGGCCCCAGCAUUAGCCCUCGAGCUCUAGCACCGUCCUCAGUCCCAGGUCCCCACUCCAGAUUAUGGUACAAGGAGUUUCUCCAGCUGAUUGGCUACGGGGACGCCCAGAGAGUAGAAGAAUACUGCGAGAGAGUGUGGUGCUCUGAUAAAAAACGCAAAAAGACCAAGAGGAGGUACGUUCCAUCUGGCGGCGAGAAGAGAGCGAAAGGAAGGGGAGAUGAGAACUCCCACCGAGCGCCGAGACACACCACGGACACCUGAGGAGAACAGCAAUGUACUGCACAUCCCCACAGUUAUAUAUACACACACACACACACAUUGUCGAAAGGUCAGACUCACACAGUGUUUUCACCAUGUAAAAGCUUUUCACUUUGCUUUAUAUAAGAACACCGGCACAAAAACAACAACAACAACAACAGCAGCAGCAGCAGCCUGUCUGACGACUGCAGUUCCAUUUAUCACUCAGCAGUUUGACCAUGCUUUUUCCACUGGUGUAAAAUAAUUAUCUGGUGUAGACCCAAGGCGAAUACAAUAAACAUCAAUGUCAGUGCAGAGCAGAGGCCCCUAAGAGGAGAUGAAUGACUGAUUGAGCAAUAUUGCCCUCUGAUUUGGAGAGACAUAUCAGCUUCUGUGGCCUAUCCCAGUCCAAUUCAGCUGUCAAUCCAAACGCACACAGAGAACAGAAACCCCAGCAUCACCAUUAAACUAACAGUUUAUCAUAGUAGACUCUUACCAUAUCUUUUAUGAGUGAAAACAGAUGUUGAAUUUCAUGUUCAAGCUAAUGGCCUUUUUUUUUUUAAUCAUUUUUUGGUACUAUAAUAACUUAUUUUCUUUUUUUUUUUUCUCUGUUGACUUCUGUAGUUGUUUAGACAUCAUAAACUGGAAGAUAUCGUGUUGUUUUUUGUACAGUGAGAAAUGCUUUAAGCUUUACAAUACUGGUAAUUUGAUUAUAACGUGGUCAGAGCUGUGGUGUGUGGUUGUGGCCACAGUACAUACAAUAUAAAUGUUGCAAUGCCAUUGUUACGGAUAUUCAAGGUAUGUUUUAAUAAUAAUUAGGGUAUCGAUGAAAAUAAUUACUAUUUAAGCACUUGUAAAUCCUGUUUGUGUAGAUUAAGUGUUCCUAUCAGUGGAUAUUAUUGUUAUUGUGUCUGCUUUUACAUCUAUAAUUGUGAUCAAAUGUACCAACAGUAUUGUGCGUAUUGUAUAUUGUAUUUAUCUUAAAUUCAGGGUGGCCUUUAGUGCCCAUCUGUAACUAUAACUGUGUAUUUGAACAUUCAUCCAUCUCUACUGCCUGUUCCCUCCCUUUUUCUUUUCUCUCUUUUUCUGCCUCUUCUCUCUAUCAUGCCCCUUCAUUUCCCCUCUUUUGUUUGCCUCUGACAAUGUUGCAGAUGGGAUUCGUAAUUACCACAACAGACAGCAACGUCUGCUGGAAGGAAAAGGACAAAUAAAUGUUUGGGUAACCAUCCAUGCCAUUAGCAAAAACACUGAUGAGUCAGUGUCAUUAAUAUUCAGUUAAUGCUGAGAUGACAGAACAUCAUACGCUGAUGUUGAAGUGAAAUACACUGAAAUACGCUGUACACUGUAGUUGUCUAAUAAUAGUUUUGCAGACAUUUUUUUUCCAUGCUGUGCCUUAUUUAUCGUAUUUUUUGUCAUUUCAUCAUUCUGGCCUUGUAUUUUUACCAUAUUCAUAUUGGUGUAAAAACGAUACCUUGGUCUAAGUCAUGGCAUUAUAACAUAUCUACACCCAUAGACUAACCAUGUUGGAUGUCCUUUUUUUUUUUACCAUCUUUCCCUUGUGAACUUUUGGGACAAGGCUAUUUAUUAACAAUAACAAACUAGAUACAGUUGAACAUAAUUCAACUAAUCCUCACCCAACCCAGGAGAGUCUCAUGAUGCAAAAUGAUAUUGAAAAAUUUUUGCCAUUUCGUCAGAUAUUGAAUUCAAUACAACUAAGGGCCUGGUUAUUUUUUUUUAAGCUCACAGUGAUAUGUGCAUUGGGACACCGUACUCAUUCAAAUUCUGCCUAGGUCUACCUGAGUCGGUGGGGUGCUGAAGGCAUUUGAGAAUGGAAUUCAUGCUGCUGAUUUAUUCCACAUGGCUGCCAUAGCAACAGGCUCUGAACCAGUUCAGCUCCUCUCCUCAUCAAAGCACUCUCUUCCCUCUCUGUCAAGUUUAACACUGUUCCUUUGGCCCUUGGGCCCCUCAAGCCAAUGGUCCCUAUAGCCACUCAUAUAUCACACUCUAAUGUCUGAGCCCAGUUAGUUAAGCUUAAAAGAGCCUUCUCCUCUUUUGGGACUGAAGAUCCUGGAUGGAGCCUCUGACCUCACAGACAGAUGCCGUAUGCAUGACUUUGGGAGCAUAUGCAGAAAUAGAGCUAAAUCUGGGGCUGCUCAUAUUUCUUGAUGUCACACAUUUCAAGCUUCAAGGAGCCUAUUUGGUGUGAUGAAAUGCUAUAAAUCCCCUUAUUGAUCUACAAAUGGACUAAAGGUCAAAGGCCACUUCAAUAGAUAGGCAGCCCAGUCUUACAUUUGCUGUACCCUCUCCAUUUUACAGCUGUCUUGUCUGUUUUCCCAUCAUUGUUUCCACCAGAACCCAGUGUUCAAGGACGCUGUUGUUAUUAACAACAAUGUCAGAGAAGGAAGGAGAAGUUACGAAGUGGGUGGAGAACAAACACUUAAGGAGCCUUUACGGCUAAUAGCUGUCCACAUGUUCACCAUGUGUAGAGAAUGCUCUGUAUGUCUUGUGUUUUUGGAAUUUAUGACUGCAUUAGCAUACAAGCCUUCAUGGAUAUGCCUGCAUAAACAAGAAUAAAAGAGUCAGUUGACAGUUGUCAGUUGA